CUUUCACUCCCCCAUCUCACCUCUCAAAGACCAGCAGCCUAAAUCUACAAUAAUCACAGGCGUCCAGCAGGAUUUUGAUUCUAAGGAUUUGAUUACUAUCAGUUACUGCAUCCAUGGAGUCUGAAAGCCUAGAUUCUCCACCUGCAUCACCAAUUGCAGACAAUGGGGAAAACAAUCUUCAGCCUUUCUUUGUUCUGCACAAGGCGUUGCCUCAAAAAGGAAGUAGAAAAGCUUCUGGAACUGGAAAAACCAGGAGCAAGUUAGCGUCCCUAUCUUCUCCUAAAGCUGCAGAGAAAUCAGAGGAAACCAAGCAAGUGGUAGAAGAGGAUUAUGAAGAGGUGCGUCUUGAGGCAUUUGAUUUGGUUUGGACUAAGAUUGAUACAACUAUCAAGGAUGUUUUGAGGAACAUCAAUAUCAGCGUAUUUGAUGUGAUACACCAAUGGGUUUGCGAAUCUUUCUCUUCAAUCAAAUCUGCUGGAACCCCUGGUGGCCUACAUUCAUACCCUCCACUGACUGAUAUCACUUGCAAACAGAUUUUUAUUGGUUUUGUACUGACGAAAAAUGUGGAGUUUGUUGAUGAUUUGCUGACAUUUAAAGAACUAGCCAUGCAUUUGAAAUCUUAUGAUUCUCAUGUGGUUACUCUUUCAUCAAUGGACUUCACUGCCAAGAGUGGAAUUGGUGGGUGUCUUAGAAGUCUGCUGAGGCAGUUGAUUAAGUUCACUCCAGAUGCAGCUGAUAUAAGUAUCUUAGCGCAAUGGCAUUCUGAACCAGCAAACAGUGGAAAUCCCAUAGUUGUGAUCAUUGAUGAUAUUGAAAGGUGCAAUGGAUGUGUCUUAUCUGAGUUCAUCUUAAUUUUGAGGGAGUGGGUGAUAAAGAUUCCAAUCAUCUUAAUAAUGGGAGUUGCAACAACCAUCGAUGCUCCUAAGAAGUUACUUACAUCCAAUGCACUGCAAUACCUCUCACCAUGUAAGUUCACUUUAGGUUUUCCAUCUGAGAGAAUGGAUGCAAUCAUGGAGGCUGUUCUUGUUAAAUUAUGUAUGGGGUUCGACAUUGGACAUAAAGUGGCUGUUUUUCUGAGAAAUUAUUUUUUAAGGCAAGAUGGAACAGUUACAUCUUUCGUCGGGGCUCUGAAGAUUGCCUGCUCUAAACAUUUCUCAAUGGAACCUCUAAGUUUCUUAUGUGAAGGCUUCUUAAGUGAAGAUAGUCAUAGUUUCUGGAUGGAAAUGUGUGAAUCACUCCCCGAAGAAAUGAAAAAGUGUGCUUUUGAUUUACGAUCUUGUGAACUUAUGGAUGACGUCACAAGUAUGAGCACCGAAACGUUCGUUUCUGGUUUGUCAGAGGUAAAGAGCUUGCGGAAAGACUGGAGUUCUGUGGUUUUGUGCUUGUUUGAAGCUGGGAAGUUUCACAGAAUAAAACUAUUUGAUAUUUUUUGCGAGGCGCUUGAUCCUAAUCGUCAGUCUGGUGCUGUUGAAGACCGGGUAAAGGCUUCCUCAGGUGGUAUUUUUCUGCAUAGUGAAGAACCGUUUGGUCCUCGGAAAACAAGUUUCAUUUCUCAGGCAGUACGCAGGAUAAAGGAUCUUCCGCCUGCACAAUUAUCCCAAAUGCUUCGGGUUUGGAGAAAACACACUGAAGGGAUUACAGAGAUAAAUGUCAAGGUGGACGAGUUGCUGUCAAUGUUAGAUUUUGAUGGUGAAAGCAAGAGUAAAAAACCAGACGGGAUUGGUUCACCCAGGAAGCCAACAUCUAACGGUGAAAUUAAGAGUCCAAAAAAAGGUAGGAUAGGUUCACCCAGGAAGGUAACAUCUCCGUCUCCUGGUGAAAGAAAGAGUCCAAAAAAAAAAAGGAUUGGUUCGCCCAAGAAGGCAGUAUCUCGCAGCCAUCUGAAUAUUGAAAAAGACAAGAAAGCAGUGAAUUUGAAAGCUGUUAAGUUACUGGAGAGUAUGGUUAAGAAGUAUCUAAAGCCGGUUGAGUCUUUGCCGUUCCAUGAAAUUUUCUGCUUUAAGCACGUCGAUGUACUGCAGUCAGCUUUGAUCGGAGAUCCAAGGAAAAUGAUUCAAGUUGAUCUUCUCAAAUCCCAUACCUAUCUCCAUUGCAGUUGUUGUAACAAGAGUGGGGAUUCUCUGUUACCAUCAAUGAAUGAUACCUCAAUUAUCUACCAAUUGGCUCAAGAACAUGGUGAUCUGAUCAAUCUCCAUGACUGGUUUCAAUCAUUCAAGGCUAUAAUUCAUCCUCAAAGUAAUACCAAAAAAGGUAAGCGAAAGUUGCAGAUGUCACCAUUAUCUAAAAAGAGAAGAGUUACAGUUGAGGUUGAGUCCAUUAGUGAAGCUUCAAUUCAGGCGAGGUUUUGUAAAGCAGUUACAGAGCUACAGAUUACAGGGUUGCUUCGGAUGCCAAGUAAGCGAAGACCCGAUUUUUUGCAAAGAGUUGCCUUCGGAUUUUAGGCGGCCAGACAUCAUAGGUAUAAAGAAUUUUCCAAAAUGCAGAAUGCAUAAACAAUACUGUUGAGUUCAAUUUUUAGGUGGCCAGACUGUAAAAAAGUUUCCACCUGCGGCCCAGAGAAGCUGCUACUGGUAAGUGGAGCAUUUUUUACACUGAUUGUUGUUUUUAUAACCCAUGGAAGAAGGGUUUUCAGUGAAGUCUUACUCUUAAUAUCUGUUCAAGUUUUCAGUGUGGAGAUGGAUUAGAUGAAAGAAGGAUUAAAACUGACUUAGCAGAGUGUCAGCUCAUUUUUCCCCGAAUUUGUUUUUGUAUGAAAUGUAUUUUUGAGUCAGCUGGUUCAUGCAAAUGCCUAGUCUGAUUCAAACAAGUAUUGAUUUUAUCUCUGCAUAAUAGAGUUGAUUCAUGGUAGUCAAUAAUUCCUUGGCAAA